GAAAGCGAAAGAGGCACAGUUAACCGCCGGGAGUUGCGGUGGAACUGGCAGUCCAGGACGGGCCAGCUGAGCCGAGGAUGGCUGAGCCCGGCCGCUUCCCGUUGCUGGUUGAGGGGUCCUGGGGCCCCGACCCACCGAAGAGCUUGAGCACCAAGUUGCAGAUGUACUUCCAGAGCCCGAAAAGAUCGGGAGGCGGCGAGUGUGAGGUCCGCCAAGAGCCCGGAAACCCGGCCCGCUUCCUGGUGCUCUUCUUCCCGGACGACGUUCGGCAGAAAGUUCUGGAGAGACAGAACCACGAGUUAGUAUGGCCAGGAAAAGGAACAUUCAAGUUAACUCUCCAGUUGCCCACAGCCCCAGGUGACGUCCAUGAUGACUCUGAGAGGAAAAUCUCAACGAAAGAAUCCAAGACCAAAGAACAUGCCAAAGAACCAGAUAUGUCAGAAGAACUGGAUUCAGAAAUCUCUCUCGAUAGAAGACCAGAGAAAAUUGAAGACAUCCCAGAACAAUGUGAAAAUAUUCCCUCUUUGGUUGCAUUUAAAAAUCUCCAAGCAAAUGUGACUGAUGUAAUGUUAAUCUUGUUAGUGGAGAACAUAAGUGGCCUGUCCAGUGAUGAUUUUCAAGUCGAAGUAAUACGAGAUUUUGAUGUUGCCGUAGUUACCUUUCAAAAAUACAUAGAUACCGUGAAAUUUGUUAAUGACUGUAUCAAGCACCAUUCAGUGAAAAAACUUCAACUUUCUCCAAUACUUUUGGAAGUGACAAAAACAAUCAGGGUUGAAAACCUGCCGCCUGGUGUUGAUGACUAUAAUUUAAAACAUUUAUUUGAAAAUCCUCAAAAUGGAGGGGGAAGAAUUGCCAGUAUUGAAUAUUUUCCUGAAGAGAGUUCAGCUCUGAUUGAAUUUUUUGACAGAAAAGUGUUAGGCACCAUCAUGACCAAGAAACUUCACUUCAAUAAUAUGCCGCUGUCUGUGUUUCCAUACUAUGCCUAUUUGGGCACAGCUUUAUAUGGAAAGGAGAAGCCUGUGAUCAAACUUCCAGCACCAUUUAAAGAAUCACUGGAUCUUCUUUUAUGGAAGUUCUUGUACAAAAAUAAUCACCUGAUUGAAGAGAUAAACGAAGAAGUGAGACGUUGUCACUGUGAGCUAACAUGGUCCCAACUCAGUAGUGAAGUUAUCGUAAGACCUGCAGCCACCUUAGUCAAUCAAGGAAGACUAAGAAUCAAGAACUGGAAGAAAGAUGCUUCCACAACAUUCUCUGACAUCAGGUCUAGAUAUAAAGUGACACCACUUAAAGUGGAUCCAGUAGUGUGGGACACCAUAAAAAAUGAUUUAGAAGCUGACAGGAUUUUGAUUGAAUUUGAUACACUUAUGGAGAUUGUAACCUUAGUGGGGAAAUCAGAGGAUGUACAAAACAUGGAGCCACAAAUCAAGGAAUUAAUAGAAAACACCACUCAAAGAAUUAAAAGAGAAGAGCAAAGUCUAAAGGAAAAAGUGGCCAUUUCUCCAGGAAAGUAUUUUCUUUUGUGCCACAGCGGUAUACAGGAGCAUUUUCACACGGAGUUCCCAGACAUGGAGAUUUUUUAUGAUGAAGCCACUCAACACGUGUACUUGAAAGGAUUCCAUGCAGAUGUGUAUAAAGUAAAGUGUGAAAUCCAGGAAAAGGUGUUCAACAUGGCUCAGAAAAACAUUCAGCUUCCCCCUGAGGUUUUCCAGUUUUUGCAACAGGUCGACUGGGCAGAAUUCUCUAAUUCUCUUUUUAUAGCACAAAAAAUUCUUGCAAUUUAUGAACUAGAGGGUACAACUGUUCUCUUAACCGGCAGUUCUUCUGAAGUCCUAUUAGAAGCUGAAAAGCAAAUGAUCAGUGCCCUGAAUUAUAAGCGCAUAGACAUCGAGGACAGAGAAUUUCUUAGUGGCAAGAAGUGGAAAGAUAUCACUCACCAUUUGCAUAGGAAAUAUAAGUCUUCCUCAAAGACUGUAAUAAUCAAUGAAUUAAUUUCAGAAAGCACAGCUGCGGUCAUCAUCGCAGGCUGCGUGAGAGAAGUAAACGACACCCACAGCUUCCUUCUUGACUUUUUGGAAAAAAACGCGAAAAUAGAGAGAUUUAUUGAAGUAAAGCCUCCCUUAGUUAUUCAUUAUUUAAAGGCACAGAAGAAGCUCUUCUUGCAAAAGACAAAGAAGAUAAAUGUUCAGGUAGAGUUCAAGACUGCUGACAAACAAAAAGGCAUUUUACUAAUUGGCUCAAAGACUCAAGUCCUGGAGGGAAUAAACAUCCUCAAGCAAGCCAGGGAUUCAGUUUGUAUUAAAAGCAUCUGUAUUGAUAAGCCAGGAAUCAGCCAGUUGUUCCAAAACAAUGAAUGGUAUUAUAAAACUCAGGCCAAACGGUUAUUUGAUUGUUUUAUAGAACUACAGCAGAAUGAAGAAGAGGAGAAGGGAGGUGGCGCUGACGGACAAAAGCGUUUCUCCCGGGCAGACUUAGCCCCUGGAGUCUCGCUGAUUGUACAGCAGGGCGACUUGACCCAGUUUCCUGUGGAAGUGGUGGUGAAUUCGGCAAAUGGGGACCUCCGGCACAGCGGUGGUCUUGCCGCUGCUCUUUCAAAAGCAGCUGGCCAUGAGCUCCAAGCAGACUGUGAGCAGAUAGUGAAAAACAAAGGCGCGAUCCUACCUGGCCACGCUACCAUCUCAAAAGCAGGAAAGCUCCCAUACCACCAUGUGAUCCAUGCCAUAGGGCCCAAGUGGAAGGACAGCGACGCCCAGGAGUGUGUGUUCCUGUUAAAGAGGGCCGUGGAAGAAAGUCUCCAUUUGGCCGAAAAAUACCAGUACAGAUCCAUAGCCAUCCCUGCCAUUAGUUCUGGAAUCUUUGGCUUUCCCUUAUCCCAGUGUGUGGAGACCAUUGUUUUGGCCAUUAAGGAAAACUUCCAAUAUAACUGGGAAGGACGCACCUUGAAAGAGAUUUACCUUGUGGAUGCAGCUGAGAAGACUGUUGAGGCCUUUGCUAAAACUGUGAAAACUAUGUUUAAAAACACUCUGCCUGAAACUGCGAAAACUAUGUUUAAAAACACUCUGCCUGAAACUGCUUCCCCGCCCAGUUUACCAGCAGCAGUCCAGCCCCGCUUGAGAAAAGAUCAUGGAAACAGACAAAUGCUGUUGUGCCCCGGAGGCCUGAAGAUCCGGUGGUUGCAAGAAGAGGUGCAAAAUGCUACAACCGAUGUUAUCGUCAACUCCAUUCCCUCGGAUCUUGUGCUUAAUAGAGGGCCCCUUUCUCAAGCCCUCUUGAGAAAAGCUGGGCCAAAGCUCCAGGAAGAAGUGAACACAACCGGACAAACGAUGUCUGUUGACGUGGGCACAAUUCUCCAAACCAGUGGUUGCAAUCUGCAUUGCCACCGUGUGCUUCACGUGGUGGCUCCGGACUGGCAAAAUGGCAGCACAUCUUCACAGGCGAUCAUGGAAGACGUAAUCAAAGAAUGUUUGACAAUCACUGAGAACUUGUCCUUAAAAUCAAUUGCAUUUCCAGCCAUAGGAACAGGAAAUUUGGGGUUUCCUAAAACUGUUUUUGCUGAAUUAAUCAUUUCAGAAGUGUUCAAAUUUAGUAGCAAAUAUCAACCGACAGCUUUACAAGAGGUUUGCUUUCUCCUGCAGCCGAAUGAUCUCGAAAAUAUUCAGGCGUUUUCAGAUGAAUUCAACAGAAGGGCUAAUGGAAAUUUCGUCAGUGACAAAAUUCCCAAGGCUGAAAAUACACAAGGUUUCUAUAAAACUGUUUCUCGCCCUGACUUAGGAUUGCAUGAAAUGAAAAUUGGCCCCAUCACCUUCCAGGUGGCUUCAGGAGAUAUCACGAAAGAAGAGGCAGAUGUGAUCGUAAAUUCAACAUCAAAGGCAUUUACUCUCAAAGCAGGGGUCUCCAAAGCAAUUUUGGAACAGGCUGGACAAAAUGUGGAAAUGGAAUGUUCUCGUCUAGCUCAACAGGGCAACAAUGAGUAUAUAAUUACCGAAGGUGGAUUAUUGAAGUGCAAGAAUAUUAUUCAUGUCAUUGGCGGAAAUGAUGUCAAGAAAUCGGUUUCCUAUGUUUUGCAGGAGUGUGAAAAGCGGAAUUACUCAUCCAUUUGCCUCCCAGCCAUUGGGACAGGAAAUGCCAAACAAGACCCAGAUAAGGUUGCUGAAGCCAUAAUUAAUGCCAUUGAAGACUUUGUCCAGAAAGGAUCAGUUCGCUCUGUGAGAAAAGUUAAAGUUGUUAUCUUUUUGCCUCAAGUACUGGAUGUGUUUUAUGCUAACAUGAAAAAACGAGAAAGUUCUCAAGCUCCUCCCCAACAGUCUGUGAUCUCUAAAGUUGCAUCAUUUUUGGGCUUCUCAAAGCAGUCUCCCCCCAAAAAAAAUCCUUUGGUUUUGGAAAAGAAAACAGAAUCAGCAAUUUUUCAGGUGUGUGGUGAAAAUGAAACAUCUGUGAAAUCCACCCUCUCAUGGAUACAGGAAAUUAUUAAUAAGGAACAGGGUCUUUACACCAGUGAAGAAGAAUGUAUCAAACACUUUGAUAACAAGGAAUAUCAAGAAUUGAUUAAGCUGCAGAAGAACUUAAAUAUUACUAUUUGCUUGGACCUUGAAAGACCUCUGAUUGAGGUUUUGGGAAUUAACAGAGAUGUAGAACGGGCCAGAAAUGCAAUUGAGGAAAUGAUCAAGACAGUUCGAUUGGCCAAAGAUCGGGAAUCCAGAGCAGAUUGUAUCAGUGAAUACAUAGAAUGGCAAUAUAACGACAAUAACACUUUUCAUUGUUUCGACAAAAUAACCAACCUGCUAUUGGAGGAAGCAAGGCAAAAGAAGGGGACCGUCAAGGUGAAAAUUAAUCACCAUAGCUACACAGUGGAUGUGAACAAAUGUGUUGCGACAAAUGCAAAGGGACAUAGUUUACCUGUUCAGCGCAUCAUGAAACAUGAAGUUGCGAUCCCUGUGCACUGGAGUGAUAUGAAGCAACAGGAUGUCUGCCUGGUUGAGCUACAGCCUGGUCAUGCAGAAUAUGACAUGGUGGCAAAAAAGUUUAAUCAGACCUGCUCACAAUGCAAGAUAGAGAAGAUGGAGAGGAUCCAGAAUCCACGUCUCUGGAAGGGCUACCAGACACAGAAAAAAAUCAUGGAUGACAAGAAUAAACAUACAACAAAUGAGCUGCAGCUUUUCCAUGGGACAGACGCCGACUCGUUGCCACAUGUCAACCAACAUGGCUUUAACCGCAGUUAUGCUGGAAAGAAUGCUGUGGCAUAUGGAAAGGGAACCUAUUUUGCAGUUCAUGCCAGUUAUUCUGCCAAUAAUACGUACUCCAAACCAGAUGUAAAUGGAAAAAAGCAUAUGUAUUAUGUGCGAGUGCUUACUGGAGUCUACACAAAUGGAAAUUCAUCAUUAGUUGAGCCUCCUCUAAAGAACCCUCAAAAUUCAGCUGACCGGUAUGACAGUGUCACAGAUCACAUGCAAAAUCCAAGUUUAUUUGUGAUAUUUUAUGACUACCAUUCUUACCCAGAGUAUCUCAUUACUUUUAAACAAUAACGUUUUGGUAUCCUUCACAGAUGACAUUAUUCAUCUAUACCUAUCUAGUUGUAAAACAAGUUUUAGAUUUUUUUUCUCUUAACAGCUUUUUCUAAGAUCAAAGGAUCCUUGCCACUGACAUCAGACUUUCUUCAGCUUCUCUUUCAUAACUGGAAUGAACCUAUCGUGAAAGCAAUAAAUUUGAGAAUUUAAAUCCAAUAACUUAGUUACAAUUGUGUGUCCACAAUCACGAACAUCAAAUCUGUAGAAGAAUAGAACAGGUUUAUAUUUUCAGGAAGGAGAGAGUAAUACUAAUCUUAAAAGCAAAGGGCACAGCUCUGCAAUUGCAGCUGCCCCUGACGGAGAUAGCUGGUGUCACGUCUGGAUGCCGUAUUGCUGUGGGAGCACAGUAUUAUUAAGUGGGUGGGACUGCUAUUUUUCCUGGGAUCAGGGAGGGUGUCUGGCUCAUUUUUUUAAUCCCUGAAGUCUGUACCUGAUGUACAAUGGAUACUCCAGAAAUGUUUCAUAAACCAAUUAAGAAUGAGAAAAGCCUAGUCAGACUCUUACCCAAAUAGGAACCAUUUCUGCAACAUCCUUGACUUAUUGUCACUUUGCCUCAAAUUGAACAGAUUCCAUGACAGGGAACUUUGUUUUUCAUGAAUCAGCCCAUGACAUACGGGACAGUUGCAGUCAGGGCUCUGGGACUGCAGUGCAGCUAUGCCCUGCGCAGCCCAGGAACCGUGGCCUGGCGUGUGGUCUGUGGGAACAGUGUCCCCUGGACCUGUGCAGCGCAGCCGCCCUGCUCCAACUGGUCCUUUGUAUGUUGGACCCAAAUUUGCCUUCUUGUAACUCCUACUCAUUGGUCUUAGUUUUUUCCAGUGAAAACAGUGGGGCAAUUAAUGCCUGCUACAUCUUCAGUGUGAAACCCUUCCACUAUGUGAAGAUUAAAUGAAUUCUAAGGUUAUUAAAUGGCAUAUUUUCCCUGGCAACCUAGCUUUUGAUGAUUUUAAAGGUACCUAAAUAAACCAAAAGAAUUAAACAUAUUGCUAAUUUGCUACUCAGUACUUAUCAGAUGGUCAAGGGAAGUUUCUUCUUCAACUUUCCCAGGUAAAUUUCAGAUUCAGACAUAUUGAUUGAGCACUUAGCUUGUAUCAGAUAGUACAAUAAGUAGAAGGUUUCACAUACAGUAUUCAUUUUAUUCCCCCAAACAAUCCUGUGAGGUAAGAAUUUUAAACAUACUGGGUCAGAGCCAUUCUAACAUGGUUCCCCAUUUUAAAGCUGAGGAAUCUGAUGCUGAGAGUGCAAGGAAAUUCCUCACCUGGGGUCACCUAGGUAAUAGCCCUCAGAGACAGCAACUGAAUCUUGGUCCCUGUGUCAUCAAGCCCUUUGUUCUUCCCACUACAGACCAUGGCGCUAGAUUGACGUUACCGAUUCAGGAACAUCUCAGAGAAUCUGUGAAUAACCCUUAAAGCUCCUUGGUUUUUUCCUUCUGGCUUUGAUUUCUGUUAUAGAAACUGAUACCAUGUUUCCCCGAAAAUAAGACCUAGCUAGA